AUGCAUCAGCACCCCCGGUCGCCGGCGGUACCCUCGUCGGCACCAAAGAUGCCCGCCAAAGCGUCUGCCGCUCGGGAUGACCUCAAAGACUCCGACUCGGUGCCGCCUUCCCCCACCACUGACGGGCGGUAUCACCCCGCCGAAGGUCUGGGUAUUGAUGGGGCCGCGGAUCAGACGUCAAAGUCGUCGGCAAGAGACUCUGGACCUCCGGGGAGAGAAGCCAUGACAAAGUUGAAUCAGAUCAUCUCGAAUUACCACACAAAAGCAGCCCUCAUCAUCCUUCAUUCGCGUGUCGAGCUCCCUCCUGCAUAUGCUAAGAAUUCCGAUACCCCAAAAGUGAACCGUUGGUUCAACGUCGAAUUAGAAGAUACCGAUGUCCUUCGUGAACAGUUGUGGACAUGGCGGACUUGCGAUGCCGCCACCAACAGACCCCCGCCGCUUAUCAUCGAGACCUAUCUGGACUGCACGGGACUCACGAAUAAUCAAAGCCUGGUGAUUUUGGAUGAUAAUGGGAAGCGAUGGGAUGUGCAAGACUCGAUUGCGGGGUCUCGUGGGGCCGGCUCACAUACAUAUCAUCCGAACGCAGACGAGGUCAUUCUGGAACGAUGGAGGAUCGAGCUGGGCGAGGCCAGUAGCAAGCCUACGGCUGAACUGGGAUCCAUCUUGCCGACGGUGUACAAGAAGAGUAUCGUCCUCUUCCGGUCAUUAUUCACAUAUUCCAAGUUUUUGCCGGCUUGGAAGUUUUCGCGCAAUAUCAAGGUGCGGUGGAGUCCUGCAUUGCAGGUCAAGUACCGUGUACUUGAUCCGAGUACUGCUGCUCGCAGUGAUCGUGAAAGGUUCAAGACGUCGCGGGAUCAUUUGACGCUGCCCCUCUACGAAGGGAGUGUGAGGACAGUGGAUACGUACAAAUUUGGGACCACCGAGUCUCCUGCAGGACCGUUUAGCGUGAACGUCACGUACCGGACGAAUUGUGACUUCCGUAUUGAUGAUUCAGAGGCACUGUUGAGCUCACGCUUUAUGGGUGCUGACGAUGAUAUCUUCCGCCCCUCGUUGCCUUCAGAGGAUGUGAGUCCUCUGAGCCCUGAGAUUGGGUCGGUGCCUGUAGGGCGAAGGACCGUGGAGCAUCCGGAUCGUUCACGCGCAUACGGCAGUUUAUCUACCUUUCACCAGGUUGGCCCGACAGGUGGGACUAGCCCGAUUUCUGCGUUGCGCGCGGCGAGAGAUAGUGGCAUUGGAUCUUCUUCUCCAUCUGAUGCGCACUCCAGGCGACUCCUGCCUCCUGCACGAAUCGCACCACCAACCGGACGCGCCGCUCAAAUUGCGAGUGAAAGCUUGUCAAGCUCCCCUCGUCGCCCCUCCAUCUCUUUCCAAGCCUUCAAAGCUCCUCCACUCUCCGCAUCUCCUGCUUUAGUGGACACUCCUCUCGGUGUAUCGCCUCGCACUACAUCUACUCGUCUCUCAGGCACUUCCGCAGAAUCACGCGUGAUGCCACCUCCUUCUUCCGCGGCUUCAGCCCGCAAGCCUGUUGCUCUUGCGUCUGAGCAGGCCAUUUCAUCUUCUACUUCCGCAUCCCCCAAACCUGCACCUAUCUCCCGCUACAGCAGCUCCUUCAGCCAUCGCCGGGGUCGUCACUCCACCGGAGGCGUGGCCAAGACUGAGGACGAUUCGAGUGGCAAGAUCAGCGCCGCCUCUUCGAACGUGCAGCCAGGCUCUGGCCUGCUCGCAGAACUCACUGGCACAAGCGCCGAAUCCUUCCACGCCGAUGAUGAGAAAAUCUCAGAGUUCCUGAAAGAGCUAGACAGUGGAAAGAAUCUUAUGAACACCAGCAGCUCUACGUCAACCCAACUGGGCCAGCGGAAACCCACUUCUGCCUCCGUAGCCCUCGCUCGAUUCCAGCGCAUGCGAGACUCUAAUGCGGCGCUCUCGGACUCCAUGUCAUCAUCUAUGCAUCUGCACCGCUCAUCAACCUCCUCGAGCAAGCAGCUUUCCGGUGUACCACCCAUGAUCUCUGGUACCUCUAUCUCCACUGCAUCAUCACCCGGAAAGCCCAUUUCACCCCAUACACCCCACACGCCAGCCAUCCGGUCCCGUCUGAGUUCGAACAGCGUUGCAGAUGAAAUCUCAACCGAGCAUGACCGUCGAGGCCCGCACCUGGAGCAUGACUCGCCCCUGGAAGAGAAUCCCAACCUGGAAAACACCCAGCCAGGUGCCUCGACCGCGGGAGCGAUCGAUAUCCCAACCUCCCCGCGGGUAUUCUCACCGGCAUACCGGCGCUCCAGCUCCGCCGCCCAGCACCGCCGCCCACACUCAGGCGACGACGAGGAAAUCUUCAACCUCGUAAUCCGGAGCAUGAGCAUGGGCGCCGAAACCCCCGGCCCGCUACAACAGCGGAACCCCGACCCCAAAGCCCCGACAGGACGCCGGCCAUCCGAGGACCAGGACCAGGACCACUCCACCACGACCAGCGGCACCGCCACGCGCGGUCAAACCAUCACCGGUCCCUCGGGGGCCUCGUCCUCGUCGAACCUCUACCAGCCGCGCUUCGCCAACUCUCGGGGUCGGGGCUUCUCAGGCGGCCACUCCCUCAGCUCGGCGUCGAGUAGCCUUGCCCGCGGCGCCACCAUCCCGCCUCACCUCGUCGAGCGUGAUGACCAUGACGGGAACGCCAGCGGUAGCAACAGCGGCAACUCGACGACCGAGAUCCGCCGUGGUUCCCUCCAGCGGCCCGGUGCAAACCGGGCCCCGCCAUCUCAGGCCGUCUUCGAAGACGACGAGCCGCUGCUGUUCGCUAUGAGCGACUUCGGCGCCUCCCGGCGGAGUCUGGAGGAGAACCGCCAUGGUAAUCAUGGCGCGGACUCGAGCGGGAGCUCGAGACGGGGGAGCGGUCGGAGGGGAGCUGGGCUCCCGGGUGGUUGGUAG